ACUUCCUGCUCUUUGCAAUUCAGCAGUUUUUUACUUUUACUUUGUCUUGUUGUGAAGCAGAUGUUUCCCCCUCGUUAAACAUCUGGUGUGGACUCUGCUAUGAGUCAGUGUGAGGACAGAGAGGAGGGACCCCCUCCCUCUAAAACCACUCUGUGGGGGGACCAUGACAGCCAGACCAAAGCUCAGAGGAUGCAGCAGCAGAAACCUGGACCUGGACCCAGCUGUGUGUCCAUGAAGAGUGACUGGUCUAUGGAUCGUCCUAUUGAAUUUAAAGAUGGACAAGCUGUUGAUGAAAGGAUGCAGCAGCAGAAACCUGGACCUGGACCCAGCUGUGUGUCCAUGAAGAGUGACUGGUCCAUGGAUCGUCCUAUUGACAUCAAAGAUGGACAAGAUGUUGAUGAAAGGAUGCAGCAGCAGAAACCUGGACCUGGACCCAGCUGUGUGUCCAUGAAGAGUGACUGGUCUAAGGGUCUUCCUAUUGAAUUUAAAGACGGACAAGCUGUUGAUGGAAGAGUUCACCAGGAGAGCUCAGAGGGCCUCGGUGGUCAGUCUGACCUGCAGCAGCAAACAGACCUGGACUCCAUAUUUAUGCUGCUGGAGGAGAACAUCCUCACUUUUGUAAAGAACGAGCUGAAGAAGAUUGAGAAGGUUCUGAGUCCAGAUUACCCAGAAUGCUUAGAGAGUCAGAGGGAGGAUGAGGAGGUUUUGGAGGGUGAGGAUGAAGAGCAGAGGACGAGGAGCAGAGAAGCAUUUCUGAAGAUCACACUGCACUUCCUGAGGAGAAUGAAGCAGGAGGAGCUGGCUGACCGUCUGCAGAGCAGAAGUUAUUCUGGAGUUUGUCAGCGUAAACUCAAGACUAACCAGAAGAUAAAGUUCCAGUGUGUGUUUGAGGGGAUUGCUAAAGCAGGAAACCCAACCGUUCUGUAUCAGAUGUUUACAGAGAUCUACAUCAUGGGGGGAGGGGCUGCAGGGGUCAAUGAAGAACAUGAGGUCAGACAGAUUGAAACAGCAUCCAGGAAACCAGACAGACCAGAAACAAUAAUCAGAUGUGAAGACAUCUUUAAAGCCCCACCUGGAAGAGAUGAACCAAUCAGAACCGUGAUGACAACGGGAGUGGCUGGCAUCGGGAAAACAGUCUUAACACAGAAGUUCACUCUGGACUGGGCUGAAGGCAAAGCCAACCAGGACAUCCAGUUCAUAUUCCCAUUCACCUUCAGGGAGCUGAAUGUGCUGAAAGAGAGAAAGUUCAGCUUGGUAGAACUUGUUGAUCACUUCUUUAGUGAAACCAAAGAAGCAGGAAUCUGCAGGUUUGAAGAGGUCCAGGUGGUCUUCAUCUUUGACGGUCUGGAUGAGUGUCGACUUCCUCUGGACUUCCUCAACACUGAGAUCCUGACUGAUGUUACAGAGUCCACAUCAGUGGGUGUGCUGCUGACAAACCUCAUCAGGGGGAAUCUGCUUCCCUCCGCUCGCCUCUGGAUAACCACACGACCCGCAGCAGCCAAUCAGAUCCCUGCUGAGUAUGUUGACAUGGUGACAGAGGUCAGAGGGUUCACUGACCCACAGAAGGAGGAUUAUUUCAGUAAGAGAUACAGAGACAAGAAGCAGGCCAGCAAAAUCAUCUCCCACAUCAAGACAUCACGAAGCCUCCACAUCAUGUGCCACAUCCCAGUCUUCUGCUGGAUCACUGCUACAGUUCUGGAGAAGGUGUUGGAGACCAGAGAGGGAGGAGAGCUGCCCAAGACCCUGACUGAGAUGUACAUCCACUUCCUGGUGGUUCAGUCCAAACUGAAUGUUAAAUAUCAUGGGAACUCUGAGAUAGAUCAACAAGGGAGUCCAGAGAGCAGGAAGAUGAUCAAGUCUCUGGGAAAACUUGCUUUUGAGCAGCUGCAGAAAGGCAACCUGAUCUUCUAUGAAUCAGACCUGACAGAGUGUGGCAUCGAUAUCAGAGCAGCAUCAGUGUACUCAGGAGUGUUCACACAGAUCUUUAAAGAGGAGAGUGGACUGUACCAGGACAAGGUGUUCUGCUUCGUCCAUCUGAGUGUUCAGGAGUUCCUGGCUGCUCUUCAUGUCCAUCUGACCUUCACCAACUCUGGAGUCAACCUGCUGGCAGAAAAACAAACAACCUCCUGGUUACCUAAAGUCUUCAGAGUCAAACCUAAAUUAAACUUUCUCCAUCAGAGUGCUGUGGACAAAGCUUUACAGAGUCCAAAUGGACACCUGGACUUGUUCCUCCGCUUCCUCCUGGGUAUUUCACUGCAGACCAAUCAGAGACACCUUCGAGGUCUGAUGACCUUUCCUGGAAGUAGCUCAAAGACCAAUCAGGAAACAGUUGAGUACAUCAAGACAAAGAUCAGUGAGAAUCUGUCUGCAGAGAGAAGCAUCAAUCUGUUCCACUGUCUGAAUGAACUGAAUGAUGGUUCUCUAGUGGAGGAGAUCCAACAGUCCCUGAGUUCAGGAAGUCUCUCCACAGAUAAACUGUCUCCUGCUCAGUGGUCAGCUCUGGUCUUCAUCUUACUGUCAUCAGGAGAAGAUCUGGACGUGUUUGACCUGAAGAAAUACUCUGCUUCAGAGGAGGCUCUUCUGAGGCUGCUGCCAGUGGUCAAAGCCUCCAACAAAGCUCUGCUGAAAGACUGUAACCUGUCAGAGAGAAGCUGUGAAGCUCUGUCCUCAGUUCUCAGCUCUCAGUCCUCUAGUCUGAGAGAGCUGGACCUGAGUAACAACGACCUGCAGGAUUCAGGAGUGGAGCAUCUGUCCUCUGGAUUGAAGAGUCCACACUGCAGACUGGAAACUCUCAGACUGAGUGGCUGUAACCUGUCAGAGAGAAGCUGUGAAGCUCUGUCCUCAGUUCUCAGCUCUCAGUCCUCUAGUCUGAGAGAGCUGGACCUGAGUAACAACAACCUGCAGGAUUCAGGAGUGGAGCUGAUGUCUCCUGGACUGAAGAGUCCAUACUGCAGACUGGAAACUCUCAGGGUGGACCAUGGUGGACCACAGAGACUGAGACCUGGUGUGAGGAAGUAUGUCUGUGAACUGGAACUGGACACAAACACAGUACACAGAAGACUCAAACUGUCUGACAACAACAGGAAGGUGACAGGUGUGGAGGAGGAUCAGUCAUAUCCUGGUCAUCCAGACAGAUUUGACUACUGGUAUCAGCUGCUGUGUAGAGAUGGUCUGACUGGUCGCUGUUACUGGGAGGUCCAGAGGAGAGGAGGGGUUGAUAUAUCAGUGAGUUACAGAGGAAUCAGAAGGAAAGGAGCCAGUGAUGACUGUAUGUUUGGAUGUAAUGAUCAUUCCUGGAGUCUGUCCUGCUCUGAUGAACAUGGUUACUCUGUCAGGCACAAUAAGAGAAGAACAGUCCUCACUUCCUGCUCUGUCUCUAACAGAGUAGCAGUGUAUGUGGACGUUCCUGCUGGCUCUCUGUCCUUCUACACAGUCUCCUCUGACUCACUGAUCCACCUCCACACCUUCAACACCACAUUCACUCAGCCUCUCUAUCCUGGGUUUGGGGUCGGCUCUGGUUCCUCAGUGUCUCUGUGUCCUCUGCAGGACUGAGAGUCUCUCCUGUGGACAGAAACACUGACUGAAGACCAGCUGCUGAAAUCAAAGUUCAGUCUGUUCACCAUCACACACACUCUGCACUGUGAAGCAGAUCUGAGACUCAAACACAACAACAUUCAUCUGAUUUCAUCUCUGGUUAUCAACAUUUGAACUGUUUGACUAAAACACUUCAUGAUAUGUCCCAUCUCAAAAAUAAUCAACUGUUAUUGGUCAUUAUUAUGUCCUUUAUAUUUUAAAUCAUAUUGUAUUAUAUUUAAAAUGUGGAAAACAAAUGUUUCUAUAAACAAUCAUCAUAUAGUCUAAUGUUUCUAAAUGCUUUUAAUAAAAUCUAUAUGUUUCAUCAUUUGUU